UACUUCAUUUUGAAAACAUUGAAAGGUUACACCCUUUCACUUUUGACACUGGUAGCCUUUACUGGCUUGAUAUCGUCUUUGGCUUCCCUGACUCUAUUAUUUAUUGAAUCCGACAAAUUCACCUUGGAUGAACUACUCUUGGCUCCUAGUCAGCUUCCUAUGGGUCAAGGGCUGCAACAACUUCGAGCAGACAUAAUCCAUAAUCCUGCAACAUGUAACAAAGAACUAGAGAUAUUUAUGGAUCAUGCAGGUAGAAAUUGUGUCCUUAUCGAAUAUGUGAGCAACACUUCAAUGGACAAGCUCAAUGACUUCCACUUUAUGCAGCUUAUAAAGAUAAACUACUGGUUAUUUGAUGACGAUACCAACUCAGGUUCAUUUUACCAGUCGCUGCUUGAAAAUCCUGUCACUCUCCCAUUGAAUAAAACAAAAGAUUUCUACCUCUCAUUGAGUUACAACUUCUCCCUCAUGGCUGAGAAUUAUUCUGUAUUCUAUUACGACAGUUCUGUUGUUCAGGCAAAGACAGACCAACAAACCCCAAUACAUGGUCUUACAAUCCUACAGGAGAGUAAUGUUGUAGCUGAGAUACUGGUACAAGGAUUUCAACGUAACCAUUCACCCUGGCUAGGAUUACACUGGCUACACCGGCUGUCUGUAGCAGUUUUACAUGUCACUGCUUCAAAACCUGGACCGUUGCUCUGGAUACUAAAAACUUUAGCAUCUGUACAAGAGGGGAUAAUAUGUUCGGCGGGAAAGUAUUUUAUAGAGACGUUCCCGUCAGUGGGGGAAAAGUUUAGAGAAUUGGGGCAUCUUGUUCUCCUGAGGCUAUCAGAGGUAGAGCUUAAAGAGAUACAGGACUAUGCUGACGGAGCUGAUAAAUACUCACGGUUGCUCAUUGUGGCUAUUGUUAUACUCGUUAUACACAAGAUUCAGUCUUACUACGUGGCCUACGAAGAAGAGAGUUUAAGUAUUGCCAAGUGUGAGUCUCUGCUAUCUGCUUUUACUUGUCGGAACAGGAGACUCAACACUGAGAACAAAUCUAUAAUUGAAGGCUGAAACACCCCAGCCUGAAGUGAGAUGUCACGUUGUUCAGAGAGAAUUGGCGUUUUAAGGUCAGAAAAAUGUUAGUUGUUGACUCAUGAGAAAGUCAAGGGAGGGUUGUUUGAUAUGCUAAAGUUCUUUGAAUUAUUUGCUCAGAGAUAGAAAUUAGAAUUGGGUGUUUGUGAUCAGCUUAUGAGAGCAAUUUAAAGACAAAUUAUUCUGGUUUAUCAAAAUCUAGCAAGUUAUUACUUAUUGUAGUAGUAAGUUAUUGUAAUAGUAAGUUGUAAUUUAGUAAGUUAUUACUUAUUGUCCAAGGUUAAUCUCUAAAGAAGGCUGAUUGCCUGUAAUGACUAAUGAGUGACUUAAUCGAUAAAAUAUGUUCUUGUUUCUAGAAAGGUUUCAAGUAUUCCGGAUAUCGAUACCUUAAUCGAUACCUUACUGUCUCACUCAGAUGAAAUAUAACGGAAGAGCGGCUUCAUCUAAUGGCAAAUGUGCAAUCUUACUUGUGAAACGUGCAUUUAGUCGGAUUUGUUUGGCUGUAACAUGUUACAUGUAUAUCGAAACAUUAUUAUAAGAUAUAUAAGCUUUAUCUGUUUUCUCACUGACAUCAUGCUUAGUCACUUAGUGGCAUGAACUCGCGUACAAUAGUUGACAAUUGGACGGACAAUUCUCAGUGCUACAAAUAUCGGUAUGUUGAUUUGUCUGAAGAUUAUUCUGUUUUGUAAUUUAUUUGGUUUUAUUUGAGAUAUAAUAUUAUGUUAUGAUGAUAAUUUUUAAUUUUCACUUUAUUUUGCUGGUUUUCACUUUA